AUGGAACAUAAAAGAAAUUUUCUUUUAAUUCUUAUUGUUAUUAUUGCUUAUCUUUUUUCUUAUUUAAAUUGUGAUACAAAACAAAGCGAAGAAGGUGAAAGAUAUUUUGUUGGUAAAGGAAAUGUUACAUGUAAUAAUAAAGGAAAAAAAAAUGUUAAUGUUACAAUUUACAAAAAAAAUGAAGGAAAUAAUGGUUUGGAUGUGUUAAAUUCUACUAUAACAGAUACAAAUGGAUAUUUUAAUAUUGAGGGAUACUGGACAAUAAGUAAUGAAACAAGUACCAAGAUAUGUUUUAAGGGUAACUGUUCAGAAGGAAGAAAAAAAAGAGUUGGUAAAAAGAAGAAUAACCAACUUUGUUUUUACUUUCCAUUUAAAAACAUAACAAAAACAAAAGAUGAAGCUGAAAAAAAUCCAUAUAAAGUCUCAGUUCCAUUGGAUAAAUUAAGUUAA